AGGAGAGGAGAGAGGAGACAGUGCGGAGGAGGACUCAAUCGGAGAAGUAAGUCGUCUCAACAACAAGCCGGGGCUUUGCCAUAUCGAGGUCCACGGCACCUGCUGCAACUCUCCUCCACGCGGCACAGACCACGUCCACCAUGUCCGGCGGCCUAACAAUGGAUCACACUCUCUUGGCUCGGUCCAUCUGGACCGCUGAGAGUAAAUUCCUCCAGCAGCCUCCAGUGGAUCUCUACACCAGUGUGGUGGUGACGCGGAGCAUCCCUGCAGGCACGUGCUUUGGUCCAUGUGUGCUCCAAAGCACUUUCUACGAAACUAUCGCCUUCAUUGCGCAGAAAUCCUGCGACAAGAGAGCCAAAUCCUGCGUGUUUAGGGUGGACCCAGAUGCCAUGCGCAAUUCGGCCCUGGUGCUCUCCUGGCUGCGGCUCGUGCAGGCUGCACGCAACGCAGAGGAGCAGAACACAGAGGCCUUCCUCAAAGAGGGCCAGCUGUACGUGCGGACCACACGGGACAUACGGCCGGAGGAAGAGCUGUUGGUGUGGUACGACCAGGAGCUGUCUCACCUGCUGGGCUUCACAGACAUAACCAAAGGAUCUAAGGAAGAAUUCCGAUGUGGCCGAUGUGACCAGGUCUUCAGACACGAGUACCCCUUCGUGGCUCAUCGAUUCUUGUGUGCCCAAGAAAAAAGUGACACUUGGGGGCGCGAGCUUUACGAGCACAAGCAUGUGGAAAUUAAGAGACAACACCGGGUGACCGAUUUCCACAACAUCGCCAGAGAUUUGGAGCACAAAAAAUCCAGCAUGAACGAGGAUGCAGAGAUUUCCCCCAGAAAGAGGAGGUAUGAGGAAAUUCUUCACCCAAAGUGGCGAAAAACAGUUCUGCUGGAAAAGACGAAUAUUUCAAACGACGACAAUAUAACACAGUUAAAUAAGGGGUACGACCAGGCAGGAGGGGGCGCCUCUUCCCCCGAGGACAAACAGAAACCCGAAAGAGUCACAACGGAUUUUGUGGGACGUAAAAGUGACGAUUUGAGCGAGGCUGGGAAAACCACCGUGACUUUUACGCACGACAGAGAGGAGGACACGGAGAGAAGACAGAACACGGGAGAAGGUCCCUGUGUUCAUUCGGGCAGUUACAGCGCGUUCUCUCUGGUCCUGUCAAACAAUCAGCGUGAGCAAAAAAGCGCAUUUUGCAAACCGAGCAAAAGAACUUCCCUUCUGGAACCCCAGGCCCACGUCAGCAGCGCCCCAGCAGCCCCCUCCAGACGCCUGGAGCAGAUGUCCGACGCCUUUCCCCCCAGGACUGCUCUGGGAUACAACAAUCUGAUGGCAUCCAGCAUCCUGAGCACCGACUUGCAGUCCGUACACUCUCAAGUUGCGCUGGGCAACACGUUCCAUUACGCACCGGAGCAGUGGUCCAGAAACGUGGGCGCGCAGCUGCAGGGCACGUCCUCCCUCACCAUCCUCCCACCGACUUUUACCUCAUUUGGCGUGUCGGUUCAGAACUGGUGCGCCAAAUGCAACCUGUCGUUCCGCAUGACGUCAGACCUGGUUUUCCACAUGCGCUCUCAUCACAAGAAGGAGUUCGCAGCGGAGUCUCAGGUGAGGCGGAGGAGGGAAGAGAACCUCACCUGUCCGAUCUGCCACGAAUACUUCAGAGAGCGGCACCACCUCUCCAGACACAUGACUUCUCAUAACUGAGAUGGAAAUGGACAAAUACUCUUAUAUAUACAUAUAUAAAAAAAGACUAUGCUCUUAUUUAAGCCUAGAGACUUUGGUGUAGCCUAUGUAAGUGAAUGUAGGUAGCUGUAAAAUAGCUAUACACGUGGUCAUCACGUUCUGUCCACUAGAUGACGAUAGAGGUACGCGUUGAGCUGAUCCCACUGCGGUUCUGUCCCAUUUCCCUGGAUCUUUGUCAAUUUGAUGGUCGUUUUGUGCCUUAAGAGAGAUCAGGAGGGAAGACAAGCGGAGGAAUCUCGAGGACAGCUCAUGAUUGUGGCAGCUUCUAUCAUCAGAUUUUCUCUGCUCUGAUCUGUGGAUUGAGUCAGCUUGCACAUUCAUUUGGAAAUCAAAAAACAUCAAAUGAAAAUUAUGUCGAGUAUAUGUUUUUUUUUUUAUCCCAACCAUCAGCCUUUUGGGUCAGAUUAAAGGUUGUCAGUGUUUAGUUUUUCCAAGAGACGGCGACUAAAACCAAAUCUAUCCCUAUGUGGGGAAGUCAGUAUACGUUCCAGAUUGAUUACAGGAUUGUGUCAGUUACGAGGAAGACAAUUUAUCCCACACUUAUGCUUUAACAAAUGUUUCUAGUACUUAAUAGGCAUAUGUCUUUUCUUCAAAUUUGACACCGUUUCCAAAAAAUGAUUUUGUGAAGAUUAAAUGUUUAUUUUGCUCGACACUGCUCUUGGCAGUAUUUGGAUAAUGAUGUAAAGAUGAAUAAAAUAAUACCCU